GAUGAAGGGCGGUCCCGUGGACGGCGUUUCUGUUUUUACUGGAACACCCUCACGAUCGUGCCGCCUAAGCCUUACCGCCAGUUUUAAGUAACGUUGGGCGCUAACGCCUUUUUGUCCUGGACACGUUUCAAAAGGCGAGCUGGUUGUGGGAUUUUCGCCAUUAACGCGACAGAAAGUAGGUGGCAGUGUGGACUUUCACAGAUCAGCGGUCAACAACGAAAGAGUGGAGGAAGAAUUGUUGCUGUAGUAUUAUUUAUGAGAUGGACCCCAACAAGCCAAGACCACCAAGGCUUGCGGAUGUGACCCGCUUACCCUGGCUGCUGCAACAGGCCCGGGGCGCUGGGCGGGCCCCCGGAGUGCCAGAUGUCCCUCGUGCACGGGGACCGCUACUGCCAGACCCAGGCAUUGGGCGGACUGCAGGAAUGGCUUUUUCAAGGGGGUUCCUACCGCGGCAGUGUGGAAGGGGGCCUCGAGAGCCUGCAGGAGGACCACUUAUGAGCUUUGCCAGGGGGCUGAAGUUGCAGCCGGAGGAGAGCGAACUGGGCCGUGGCCGAGGUCUGCAUCUCCGCGCUGGAGAACCGGAAGUCGGGGUUAGAAAGGAGGCAUUCGUUCCAGGACAGGAAUCUGGCUCAGGUCAUGAUGUGAAGCUGCAGGUACUAGGACAGCCUGCGGCAUCAGACCUUCCAGAGGGCAUGCCGAAGUUAGAAGCAGAGGAGCUGGCGCCAUCCCAAGUGAAGCAGGCCAGUCCACUCUCCUCGGAGUCGUCACUGGUGUCUAUGUUUCGGGGGAUGGGAAUUGAGCCUGCGAAGACCUCUUGGGGCAGAGGAUUGCCAUCUGUGGGACGUAGCCCUGUGGUAGAGCCUGGCCCAGCUCAGCAGAUAUCCAGGAAAACACGAGGCAACGGCGAGGACAGACCUCUAGAGGUGGUUAUGGGACGCGGCAGUUUCCUUGAACAGGAUCAGUCUCAAAUGGUUGGAGUUGGCAGAGCAAUACCCUCUUCCGUAGCCUGGGGAAGAGGAACCAUAGCUCCCCCUGCUGGUUACCUUCUCUCUCCGUCUCCUGCUGUUCCCACGCUUCUGACUGCUCCAUCCCUGAAAAAAGAGCUUCCUGGUGGCCCCUCCGCUAUUCCCAAAGGAGAACUACAGAUGGAGUCCCCACGUGAGCCAUUGCAGAAAAAAGGCUCAAUGGGAAGCCCAGUUCCGAUUGGCUCAAACCACAUCCCCAUUCGCUGCAAGAAUGAGGCCGUGUUUCAGUACUGUGUGACCUUCACUCCAAAUGUGGAGUCCAUUGGCAUGAGAUUUGGCAUGAUGAGGGAACACCGUUCCAUCACAGGGAAUGUGGUAGCCUUUGAUGGCUCUAUUUUAUACCUCCCUGUCCGCCUGGAUGAGGUUGUCCAUCUGAAGAGUGAGAGACACACUGACAAACAGGAGAUCGACAUCAAAAUUCAGAUGACCAAGAUCCUGCCCCCAAGCUCUGACCUCUGCAUCCCUUUUUAUAAUGUGGUCCUCAGAAGGGUUAUGAAAAUCCUGGGACUGAAACUAGUGGGACGGAACCAUUUUGACCCCAGAUCUGCUGUCGUUCUGGGUAAACACAGGCUGCAAGUGUGGCCUGGAUUUGCAACCUGCAUCAAGCACACUGAUGGAGGCUUGUACCUUAUGGUUGAUGUGACUUGCAAAGUACUCCGAAAUGACUCCGUCCUGGAUGUCAUGAAUGUGAUUUACCAGCAGAGCAGGGAGAGCUUUCAGGAUGAAUGUUUGAAAGAGCUGGUUGGCAGCAUAGUCAUCACUCGCUAUAAUAACCGCACGUACCGCAUCGACGACAUAGAGUGGAGCAAAUCCCCAAAGGACACCUUUACCUUGGCAGAUGGCUCUCAGACGACCUUCAUCGAUUAUUACAGCAAAAAUUAUGGCAUUACUAUAAAAGAACUGGAUCAGCCCCUGUUGGUGCACCACCCAAAGGAAAGGUCGAAGCCAAGAGGCAAGUUGAUAACUGGACAGAUACUUCUACUGCCCGAGCUGUCUUUCAUGACUGGCAUUCCUGAAAAGAUGAGGAAAGAUUUCCGAGCCAUGAAGGAAUUGACGAUGCACAUCAACCUAAGUGGGGAGCAGCACUCCAGUUCCCUCAAACAGCUUCUGCAGAACAUCAACUCCAACCAAGAGGCACUGACAGAGCUGACCCGCUGGGGCCUGGAACUCAAAAAUGACAUACUAAUGACUGAAGGAAGGACACUGCCCUUGGAGAAGAUCUGCCUGCAAUCAAACUCCUUCAUAACUUCUCCAGAUGUCAGCUGGUCCAAAGAAGUGGUCCGGGAUGCCUCUAUCUGUUGUAUCCCUUUAAACCGCUGGAGCAUCUUCUACCCAAAGCGAUGCGCCGAGCAGGUUGAAGAGCUGGUAGUCACCUUUGGGAAGGUGGCUGGACCCAUGGGCCUGCGACUGGAUCGGCCAAUCCACGUGGAGGUGAAAGAUGACCGCACGGAGACCUACAUUAAGAGUAUCCAUUCCCAGCUGAACAGUGAGCCCAAUGUGCAGCUGGUGCUGUGCAUCAUCUUUGGCAACAGGGAUGACCUGUAUAGUGCUAUCAAGAAGCUUUGCUGCGUUAAGAACCCUGUGGCUUCCCAGGUCAUAAAUGUGCGCACAAUCUCGCAAAGUCAAAAACUGAGAAGCAUAGCUCAGAAGAUCUUGCUGCAAAUUAACUGCAAGCUGGGAGGAGAACUGUGGACUGUGAAUAUUCCUCUGAAAAAUCUAAUGGUAAUUGGAGUUGAUGUUCAUCAUGAUGCCAGCAAGAAAAGCAGAUCUGUGAUGGGAUUUGUGGCUAGUCUGAACAGUUUAUUGACUCGGUGGUAUUCAAGAGUGAUCUUCCAAAUGCCGAAUGAAGAGAUGAUCAGUGGCUUCAGAGUUUGCCUGAUUGCGGCUCUGCAGAAGUACUAUGAGAUGAACCACAGCUUCCCAGAAAAGAUCGUGGUGUAUCGGGAUGGUGUUUCUGAUGGCCAGCUGAAGAUGGUGGAGCUCUAUGAGAUUCCACAGCUGCUUCAGUGCUUUAAGACUUUCCCGAAUUAUGAGCCCAAGCUGACAUUCAUCGUAGUCCAGAAGAGGGUGAACACCACUCUCUACUUGUUGGGGGGAAAUGGGCACAGUACCCCACCCCCAGGGACAGUCUUGGACCACACAGUCACCAGCCGCGAAUGGGUGGACUUCUACUUGAUGGCUCAUCACAUUCGACAGGGCUGUGGUCUGCCGACACACUAUGUGUGUGUGUACAACACAGCCAACCUCACCCCCGACCAUUUGCAGAGGCUAACCUUCAAAAUGUGCCACUUGUACUGGAACUGGCCCGGCACCAUCCGUGUUCCGGCACCAUGCAAGUAUGCCCAUAAGCUGGCCUUCCUUUCCGGCCAGUACCUGCAUUCGGAGCCCGCCGUUCAGCUGUCUGACAAACUGUACUUCCUGUGAUCAGCACCGCAAUUUUCUCUGUGCGGUGGCUGUUCUCCAGUUUUGUCAUUUUUUCUUUGUCUGAUGACUGAAAGAGUUCAGUUUUAUUACUCAUUUAUUUGGUUUGACUCCUGCGUUGCGGAUUUGAUACUGUUCAGCAUUAAGUUUUACUUUACGCUAGCACGCUAGCUUUGUGAUAUUUUUAUUCCUGUGUUUCUAAAAUGUAGGUUGUCUCAUGCUAUACUUGAUACCUAAUUAAGUAUCAAACACCUAAUAUUUCAGCUGCUUCUUGACAGGUUUAAAAUGCUUAAUUUGAAAGCCUGUAUAAAGCUUCCAUUAGCCACACAUGCAUUAAAAAUUGAACGAAAAAUUAAAUGUUAAUGGUCAAAGUAAAUUGAGUCUUGCACCGCCAUUUGUGACCAGUAAGUGUAGUAGAAAAUCAAAAAUGUUGCACACGGUUCAUUGUGGUAGAAAACAAUUUUACAUGUCACUCUGGAAUCUCUCAUGAAUGUCUCUGUGACUUCAGAUUCGGUCAUUACGUAGGCAGUCGCGUUUUGAUAAUAGCAGUAUUUCAUUGAACAAUCAAGCAGCCACAUAAUAUCCUUGAAGGGUAUUAUAAUCCUGAAAGGCUAUUGACAAAGAAUUGCUGUAACAUGGAAAGUAAAUUUACUUCUUUGUAUUAAGUAA